GGACAUGGGUCUUGAGUCUCAAGUUGAAGCAAACGGCAAGGAUGGAGCCGUGCAAAUUAAUCCGAUGGUUAAUGGAAAAGACAAGCGCGAAGAUGACGAACAACAAGAUAAUGAAGCGAAUGGAAGUAAUUCCAGCGAUAAUAUUUUGGAAAAAGGUGAAGUAGAGGCUACAAAGGAAGGUGAAAAGGAAAAGGAAAAAGAUAAAGAUGAUAAAGAAAAGGAUGCCGAUGAUAAGGAAAAAGAUGGUGAACAAGAAGUUGUUUUUAUACAGGAUAUGGGUUUUACGGUUAAAAUUGUCAGUCCCGGUGGUGAACCUUUUGAUAUUCAGGUAUCGAGUAUGGAAUUAGUUCAGGAAAUUCAUCAAUUACUUAUGGACCGCGAGGACACUUGCCAUCGUACAUGUUUUUCUCUUCAACUUGACGGCAAUACGUUAGAUAAUUUUGCAGAAUUAAAAAAUAUUGAAGGUCUCAAAGAAGGGUCAAUUAUAAAGGUCGUUGAGGAACCGUACACUAUGCGCGAAGCACGUAUACAUGUAAGACAUGUUCGUGAUUUACUAAAAUCUGUUGAUCCGGCAGACGCUUAUAAUGGAGUAGAAUGUAGUAGUUUGUCUUUUUUAAAUGUCGUUACCAAUGGAGAUAUUAUGGAAAAGAAAAAAACACGAACAGAUGCAAUCGAUUGUACCCCACCAGAUUAUAUUAUACCAGGAUCUAAAGAAAGACCUCUUUUACCUCUUCAACCUCAAGCUAAAGAACAAAAAUGUCCGCCAUGUUUAAAGGUUUUAACAACUUCCGGUUGGAAUCCACCGCCAGGUUAUAGAAAAUUACAUGGAGAUUUAAUGUAUCUACAGGUGAUUACAUUAGAAGAUAAGCAGUAUUAUGUAACUGCGUGCGCGCGUGGUUUUUUUGUAAACCAGUCAUCAAAAGAAACAUUUAAUCCAAAACCAGCAACACCGAGUCAUCUAUGUCAUAGUUUAAUUGAAUUAUUAAAUCAAUUAAGUCCGGCAUUUAAACGUGGAUUUGCAGCAAUGCAACGACGAAGAACUCAACGUCAUCCAUUUGAAAGAGUUGCAACCCCUUAUCAGCUUUAUGCCUGGUGUGCACCACAAACAGAACAUACUAUUGAUGCUAUUAGAGCAGAAGAUACAUUUUCAGCAAAACUUGGUUAUGAAGAGCAUAUACCAGGACAAACACGUGAUUGGAAUGAAGAAUUACAAACAACAAGAGAAUUACCACGUAAAAAUUUACCAGAAAGACUGUUACGAGAACGUGCCAUAUUUAAAGUACACAGUGAUUUUGUUGCUGCAGCAACACGUGGUGCUGUUGCUGUUAUUGAUGGUAAUGUUAUGGCUAUUAAUCCUGGUGAAGAAGCAAAAAUGCAAAUGUUUAUAUGGAAUAAUAUAUUUUUUUCACUUGGUUUUGAUGUACGUGAUCAUUAUAAAGAACUUGGUGGUGACGCUGCAGCAUUUGUUGCACCACGUAAUGAUCUUCAGGGUGUACGUGUUUAUGCAGCUGUUGAUUUACCAGGUCUUUAUACAUUAGGUACUGUUGUUAUUGAUUAUCGUGGUUAUCGUGUUACUGCUCAAUCAAUAAUACCUGGAAUACUUGAACGUGAACAAGAGCAAUCAGUUGUCUAUGGAUCUAUUGAUUUUGGUAAAACAGUAUUGACUCAUCCAAAAUAUCUUGAAUUAUUGAAUAAAGCUGGACAACAAUUAAAAAUUUUACCCCAUAAAGUUAUAAAUGAUGCUAAUGAAGAAAUUGAAUUAUGCAGUAGCGUUGAAUGUAAAGGAAUUAUUGGUAAUGAUUCACGUCAUUAUGUUUUAGAUUUAUUACGUACAUUUCCACCAGAUGUUAAUUUUUUAAAACUUGAUGGAGUUGAAUUAAGUAAAGAAGCACGUGCUCUUGGUUUUCCAAUAGAACAUAAACAUCGAUUAGCUUGUUUAAGACAAGAAUUAAUUGAUUCAUUUGUUGAAGCUCGUUAUGUUCAAUUUAUAAAACAUGCUGCUUCACAUCUUCAACGAUUAACAUCAUCACGAUUAUCACAGCAAAUGGAAAAAGAAGUUAAUGGUGAUAAAGAUGAUAAUGAUAAAGAAAAAGAUGAUAAAGAAGUAAAAAUAAAUAAAAAAGAUAACAGUGAAUCUGUUAGUAGUGUAGUUGUUGAUAGUAAUAAAGAAAAUUCAGAUCAAUCAAAUAUUGAAGCUGAUGAAGCAAAAAAAAUAGUUGAAAGUAUUACAGAUUCAAUAACUGGUGGUGAAAAACAAGAACUUGAAGAAAGUACUAAAGAAAUAGUACGUAAAGCUGCUGCAGCUGUUGGAAGUCUUCGUGAGGCUGAAUUUGAUGUUAAAUUUAAUCCAGAUGUUUAUUCACCAGGUGUACGUCAUCCAGAUAAAAAUGGUGAUGCUUUAAAAAAACAACGUCAAUUAGUACGUGAUGCUGCUGACUUUUUACUUACUGUUCAAUUACCAACAUUUAUUCGUGAAUGUUUAGAUCAUACUGCCGCGGCAACUGAUGGUAGUACUUUGGUCGAAGCACUCCAUGGUCGUGGUAUUAAUGUUCGUUAUCUUGGUAAAUUAGCAGCAAUGCUUUCAAAAGUAUCACAAUUAAAAUAUUUACAUCGUAUUUCAGUAUCUGAAUUAAUAUUAAGAUCAGCAAAGCAUAUAUUUACAUCAUAUAUGCAGGGAACAGAAUUAAUGAGUCUUUCAGCAGCAAUAAGUCAUUUUCUUAAUUGUUUAUUAUCAUCAGCACAACUUAGUCAUCCUCAAUUAAAUUUAGAAGAAUUACAAAGUAAAACAGCUAAACGACGUAAUAAACGUAAAGGAAGAAAUAAUGGACCACAUCAAUCAGAAGUUGAAUGGGCAAGUUUGACACCUAAAUCACUUUGGCAACAAAUAAAAUCAGAUUUAAAAAGUUAUUAUGAUUGGGAAACACCAGCUCCAGAAUCAUUGGAUGCUACAAUUGAAUAUUUUAAUUUACAAAAAAUUUCUUUACUUCGUGGUUUUAGUAUUAAAACUGGUAUACAAAUAUUAUUACGUGAAUAUAAUUUUGAAAAUAAAAAUCGUGCAACAUUUUUUGAAGAAGAUAUAUUAAAUAUAUUUCCAGUAGUUAAACAUAUUAACCCACGUGCCAGUGAUGCUUACAAUUUUUAUACUACUGGACAGAGUAAAAUUCAACAGGGAUAUUUAAAAGAUGGUUAUGAAUUGAUAAGUGAAGCACUCAAUUUAUUGAACAAUGUUUAUGGAGCAAUGCAUCCUGAAAUAGCACAAUGUUUACGUAUGUUAGCUAGAUUAAACUAUAUUAUGGGUGAUCAUGCUGAAGCACUGGCAACUCAGCAAAAAGCUGUACUUAUGUCUGAACGUGUUAGUGGAAUCGAUCAUCCUUACACUAUCACUGAGUACAUUCAUUUGGCGUUAUAUUCAUUUGCCAACGGACAAGUAUCAGUAUCACUAAGACUUCUUUAUCGAGCUCGCUAUCUAGCUUUACUUGUUUGUGGUGAAGAUCAUCCUGAGGUAGCCCUUAUUGAUAGUAAUAUUUCAUUGAUACUUCAUGCAGUUGGGGAGUAUGAACUCUCAUUACGUUUUCUUGAACAUGCAUUGGCAUUAAAUUUACGUUAUCAUGGACCACAUUCAUUAAAAGUUGCUGUUUCUUAUCAUUUGGUAGCCCGAACUCAGUCAUGUAUGGGAGAUUUUCGUGCAGCACUUAACAAUGAAAAAGAAACAUACGCUAUUUACAAGCAUCAAUUGGGUGAAGAGCAUGAAAAAACAAAAGAAAGCAGUGAUUGUCUGAGACAUUUAACUCAACAAGCAGUAGUAUUGCAGAAAAAAAUGAAUGAAUUGUAUACUGGAAAAUCAAGUCUCAGUUUGCCACCGAUUCAAAUUCAACCACCAAGUAUGGGAUCUGUUUUAGAUUUACUAAAUGUUAUUAAUGGAAUUUUAUUUGUUCAAAUUAGUCAGCAAGAUAUUGAAAACUUAAAAGCUGAAAUUGAAAAACGACAAAAAGAACAGAUACCUGAAAAUGACAUUAAACGUCAAGAUAGCAAGAGUUCUUCACCAUCAAUGAUUAAUGAGACAGAUAAAAUACUCGCCAUUACUCAAGACACUUGCACAAAUAGUGUAGAAAAUAACAAAGAGACCAGAAAGUCAAUAACUACGGACAGUUGAAUUAAUUUACAUAAAUAACAUUUUUUUCGUAUCACUUUAUUUUUUACUCCUCUAUACUAUUAGAAAUCAACUGUCCUUUUUUCAACAGACAAAAAAACAAAAAAGAGACAAAGACAUACACACGCGUACACUGACAUGCAUCACUCGCCUUCACAAAUCAUCAAUAAUUAUAAAUCUAGCGCUUGUCCAUCUUUUUUUUUAUUUACCAUACCACCUCAACCGCCACUGUAAAAGCUUUUUUUUUUUUUUUUCUUUUCUUUUCUAUUACAUAUACCAGUAUAUAUAACGUUGUUAUAAUUACUGUACUACGAUAAUAUUUUAUUAUUAUUACAAUUACAAUUAUCGAUAAUAAUUAUUUUACUUAUGAAUUUUGCUCAUCGAGCUAAUAAGAACAGGUGAUGAAAGCCAAAGAUUAGCUCCUCAAUAUUACAGCGAGAUUUAUAAAAUAAUAAUAAUGAUUAAGGUGGCACAUAAGAUUUUAAAAUUUGAAUUUAAAAAAUUCAGCCGAAAGAUGGGAUAGUAUCUUUAUUACUUUUUAUCCUAAUACUUGUAGUUAUUGACUUUGUAAAUAAUUUUUCGAUGAACAAAAAUUGUUAGUUCAUGUUAUCGUCAAAACGAGAUCAUUGGACAUUUUAAAAAAAAACUUAACGCGCAUGCUGCGGAUAUAUAUAUAUUUUUUUUUCGUAGCAUUUAAAUAGAUUAUUUGUUUCUGUUAACCAUGAAUUAUUUUUUAGAAUGUUUUUGUUAUUAUUUUUAUUAUAUAAUUAAAAACGAGUCGUGCCACUGAACCUGUGUCUCGUGGGACAAAGGAAAAAAAGUAGUCACUAUGCAUUGCAUAUUGAGUAUGUUUAUAACUGUUGAUCUAUUGGCGUUCACUAUUCAAAUAAAACAACGUGUUCAAUUGAUUAGAUAAUAUAUAAUCUAACUAAUAAUUAAUAAAACAAUAAUGAACGAGUAAACGCUGCAAGUAUGUUUAUUACUAUUAUUUUUUUUAACGUGUGGUUGAUGAUUUAUUAUUUUACGCAUGUUUAUUUCUAAUCUGUUGAAAACAUGGGUGCUUAGUUGAAUAGUUAUUUUUUUUUUUUUUUUUAUAAACUAAAAGUAUACCAAUUUUAAAUAUUUCAUUAUAAGUGCUUCCAAAUCAAUGACGUAUCAAGCACCAUUUACGUAAAACGAUUAAAAAUUAAAAAACAAAUCUUCUGUGCCGUUAAUUGUAUUGUUACGUUUAGAUUUAUAAUGGAAGCAUGAGUGAUUAGUAUGAUAAAAUUAGGAUUGCGAUAUAAAUUGUCAUUUGAUUACAUAGAUUACAUCAUAAGUUAACGUACAUGAAAAAAAAAAAAAAAACAAAAAAAAACGAUAUACUUUAGAGAUGCUUAUAGGAUGUAAAAUUAUCAAUUUUUUUUAUUAUUAAUUUUUUUUCUGCUGUCGAAUUUUAAUGCCGUAGAACAAAACUUAAACUCGAUUGUUUUAUUAUUUUUUUUUUUAAGUUUGAAUAAGUAAAAAAAAAAAAAAACAUAAUCAUUGUUUGCUUAAUUCCCGUGAUUUUUCUUACGUAGAAGCGUAUUUAAUACUGUUGCAUCGAGCAAUAAAUUAUUUUGUUGGUAGAGAUAUAUAAUAAUAAUAAAAAACAAAUAUUAAACAAUAAGGAAUAAAUAAUUAUAAAAGUUAAAUACAUGUAUGAUUUGUUAACUAUUUGUUGUAUAAUUUGAUAUUGAAAAGAAAGAAAGAAAAAAAACCAAACAUUCAAA